CCGCAUUAAAGAAAUUUAAAUGGUGGAGGGACUAAAUUAUUAACUUUAAUAGAAGAUAUUGUUAACAUGGUAUAUGCUUUUUGUUCAACCAGAACAUCUCGGAAUGUAUCAUCUUUCUCCUCGUUAUUAAAACUCGCUAUUGCAACGUAUUCGAAAGAGGUUAGGUUUUCAACAGUCGCGAAAAAAUCGCCCUCGUUGCAACGACAAUCGAGCUUAUGCGUUUCGAAAAGUUUACAAACUCGAACAAUUUCUCCCCGAAUAACAUCUACCAUCGAUCGACAAAACACCUUGAUCGACGAAUAUGAAUCUGAAAGAGUUCGAAAAGGCGUACAUUCAAGCAAUGAUCAGGAAUGGAGGUACAUGGAAGUGGAUUCUAGCAACCUACAAAAACACUGUUUCAUGUUAUCCAAAAUAAGAUUAACAUCACUAGUAGUUGUAACAACCAUGGCGGGAUACAUUUUGGCACCUGGAGCUUUUGACACCUAUACAUUUAUGGCAUGUUCCGUUGGAACUGGUUUAGUUUCAGCAACAGCAAAUUCUAUCAAUCAGUUUUUUGAAGUUCCUUUUGAUGCACAAAUGUCCAGAACGAAAAACAGAGUAUUGGUUCGGGGUCAUUUAACGCCAGCGCAUGCGGCGAUUUUUGCAACAGUGUCCGGUAUCUGUGGAUUAUCUUUGCUCUAUAGCGAAGUUAACGGUCUAACCGCUGCAUUGGGUGCAACUAAUUUGAUUCUAUACACUCUAAUUUAUACUCCUAUGAAACGAAUUAGUAUUUUGAACACCUGGGUUGGUUCAAUUGUGGGAGCCAUACCACCGUUGAUGGGUUGGGCAGCUUGCCUCGGUGACAUAACGUCGCCUGGUGCUUGGAUUAUGUCUGGUUUGUUAUAUGCAUGGCAGUUUCCUCACUUUAACGCGCUGUCCUGGAAUUUGAGACCAGAUUACUCGCGUGCUGGUUAUCGAAUGAUGGCCGUUACGGAUCCAAAUCUAUGCCGUAAAACAGCAUUACGUUAUACUGGUAUAUUAAUGGGCCUUUGUUACCUGGCGCCUCUAUUAGACGUGACAAACUGGUGGUUCAUUGUGGGAUCGACACCGCUCAACGCGUAUUUUCUUUAUCUCGCUCGAAAUUUUUAUAAGCAUUCGGACAGUGGAAGUUCACGGAAACUCUUCCACUUUUCGUUAAUUCAUUUACCCACGCUUAUGAUUCUUAUCUUGGUAAGUAAGAAACACGGGUUUAACGAUGAAGAAUCGAAGGACACGCUGAUCAGUGAAGGAAAGCAGAGCGAUAUUCAUGUACUGUUGACGAAGUUUUUCGCACUGACGCCUUUGACGUCUAGCGCAAACUACUUUUCCGAUGUCAUCCAGAAACCUAAUAAUACGAAUCGCAGCGAUAUUCUGCCGACGAACGAUGUAUAGAAAAAUGAGUCCGUAAAAUGUUUACCGACAACAUAUUUUGUAAAAUAGUACAAUGUGUAAAUAAAAAUAGGUAUUCGCCGUGAUGGUUGAAUUACGCAAA